UUUAAGGCUUACGUCGGUUACAGAACCGCUUUUGGCUUUAUAAUUUCUUAGUCGCGUCGCACUAUAAAGGCCACUGAGUCUUGAUGUAUCUUCAAGAUAGCAUCUGAUAGUGUUGAAUACAAGUUUUUCUUCACUCAUAACAAGUUUUUCUCUUUGCGUUGUGUUUUGAUUGCUGAUCAUAAGACUAUGGCCGAAGAGCACCGCAGCAAGAGCCAUGAGUUUGAGCCCACUGCAGUGGAGGAGAUCAAGGAUCGUGGGGUGUUUGAUUUCUUGGGGAAGAAAGAAGAGGAGAAGCCUGAAGAGGAGGUGAUCGUUACAGAGUUUGAGAAGGUUCAGGUAUCUGAAUCGGAGUCAAAGGUUGAAGUGGAGGAAAAGCCAUGUCUGUUAGAGAAGCUUAACCGAUCUGGAAGCAGCAGUUCAAGCUCUUCAAGCGAUGAGGAGGAAGGCGAAGGAGAAGAAAAGAAGAAGAAGAAGAAGAAGGAAAAGAAGGGAUUGAAGGAGAAGUUGAAGGAGAAGAUAUCUGGAGAAAAGGAAGAGCAAAAGCACGAGGACGUUGACACGGUGGUUCCUGUUGAAGUGGUUGAGCAAGAGACACCUCAUCCUGAUGAAAAAAAGGGUUUUCUUGAUAAAAUAAAAGAGAAACUACCAGGACAUCAUAAGAAAACUGAGGAAGUUCAGUCUCCUCCUCCUCCUCCUCCUCCGCCUGCAGUGGAGGUUGCCACCACAGAGGCACCAUCUCAUGAAGGAGAGACAAAGGAAAAGAAAGGCCUUCUGGAGAAAAUCAAGGAGAAGCUUCCUGGGUACCACCCCAAGACUGAAGAGGACAAGGAGAAAGAGAAAGAGAAAGAUAGUGCUUGCCAUUAAGAAAUAUGAUCAUUGCGUGGUUUGAUUGAAUUGUUAUGAUUUUGUUUAUGUUUCUUUUAUUUGUUAUUUUGGUUCAGUAUACCUAAUAAUAUGAGUGCUGUAUAUGUAAGCUUUGAAUGUGAAGAGUUUUAUGUUUAAUGUUGACAUGUAUUGGCUUUUGUUUUGGGCUUGAAGUAAUGCUCGCAGCCCCACAGGGUGUUCCUUUUUUCAUUAUUGAAUUUCUACUUGAGUAUUUCGGAUCA